CAAGGACGCACUGAGGAGCAGCUCUCAGUGUCCAACUCUUCUCCUAUACUCCUUUUGCUUCUUUUUCUCCACUUGCAGCUGUUUUUAUUUUAGGGGGCUUUCUUUUUUGAUUUGCAACAUGGGCUCCGUAUUACCCGCAGACGCUUUGGCACUCAAGUCUGGAUUUAAGUGUCCUAGCCGCUCGCUGUCAGACGUUAUCACCUCGGACAUCCUGCACAGCUUCCUGUACGGCAGGUGGAGGAACGUGCUGGGAGAACACCUGGCGGAGGAGCGGCACAGCAGCAGCCCCAAGACCGCGUUCACCGCCGAGGUGCUGGCACAGUCCUUCGUCGGAGAGGUGCAGAAGCUGUCCAGCCUGGUGCUGCCCAGUGAGGUGAUCAUCGCGCAGAGCUCCAUCCCAGGAGAGGGUCUGGGCAUCUUCUCAAAGACCUGGAUCAAAGCAGGGGCCGAGAUGGGCCCGUUCACAGGGAGGGUCAUAUCUCCGGAGCACGUGGACCUGCUCAAGAAUAACAACCUCAUGUGGGAGGUGUUCAAUGAAGACGGCACGGUGCGCUACUUCAUCGAUGCCAGUCAGGAGGACCAACGCAGCUGGAUGACUUACAUAAAGUGCGCAAGGAAUGAGCAGGAGCAAAACCUGGAGGUGGUGCAGAUCGGCAGCAGCAUCUUCUACAAGGCAGUGGAGACUAUCCCACCGGACCAGGAGCUUCUUGUCUGGUACGGAAACACCCUCAACACAUUCCUUGGAAUCCCUGGAGUUCCGGGAAUAGAUGAGGAACACCUGAAGAAAGCCAGAGAUGAGGCCCACCCCUGUGACGGCCCUGCCUCGUGCUCCCCUCCAGCCCUUACCACCACAGUAGGUCGCAUGCGCUGCGUCAUCUGCCACCGUGGCUUCAACUCCCGCAGCAACCUGCGCUCUCACAUGCGCAUUCACACGCUAGACAAGCCCUUCGUCUGCCGCUUCUGCAACCGCCGCUUCAGCCAGUCCUCCACGCUCCGGAACCACGUGCGCCUGCACACCGGCGAGCGGCCCUACAAGUGCCACGUGUGUCAGAGCGCGUACUCCCAGCUGGCAGGCCUCAGGGCGCACCAGAAGAGCGCGCGGCAUAAACCGAUGGCACACGCGGCAGAGAUGGCAUCCAAAGUGUCCCCCCCUCCCCAGCAGAUGUCGGUCAUGUCCCACCAGCACCAGAUGCCCCCCAUGGUGCACCACAUCCCCACCAUGGUGCUAUGAUGACAGGAACAUGGAGGGGACAGACAGGCAACGCUGCACUUUAGACGAGGGGAGAAGUAAAGGACCCGGAUGAUGAGACAGGCCUUCAUAAGGAACUGAACUGAUGUGAUAAAGCAUCUCACAAAGACAUUAAUAUGUUGCCUUUUUGUAUUGCUUAUAGUGAUGAUGCUGAAGUGCAACUCUAAAGAUUUUUCAAAACAUGUUGUUUACUGUGUAAUCUUUAAACAAAGUGUCAUAUAUCACUGUCAUAUUUACACUGUGUUUAUUCUGCGUCACAUCCUCACCAGCUCAGGUGAAACACAGUCAGAGGUUUGUACAGCGAGUAGAAUCCAGUGUACAUUGUUUCAGCCGCAUCCACACACUGUAAACUGAGAUUGUCACUUUAAACUUGCACAGACUGUAUACUAUACUGUUGUGUAAUCGUACGAUUGUAUAGUAUGCUACUGUACAUGUGAAUGUAAAUACAUUUG